GCGCAGGCCCGCCCACUCCACCUCGGAGCCCGGCUCUCUUCCUGCGCAGUUCUCCUCCGCAGCCUCUGCGGGGACGUGCCGGGGCUGCUCCCAAGGCUCAGUUCUUAGGGCUGCGAGGAGGCAGCCCCGGCGUGCGGCCGUACGCACCAUCUAGAGUGGCCGGGGCGCGGGGGUGCACCGUCCCCCGGCCCUGAGCGAGACGUCGCGCCACAGGAGCAGCCCCUCAGCCAGCAGUUGCCGCCGCCCCGACUUUCCGUUCCAGUUGCAGCUCCUCCCGGGCAGCAUGUCAAGAGCCACCGCCGCUACAGCUGCCGCCGCCACCUGGGGAAGAGCAGCCGCAGCAGCGGCGGCCGCGGGCACGCGGGGGCAAUAAACCGAGCCACCCGGGCGUCCAGCCGGCCGGGGGACCCUUUCCGCGCUCACUGCUCCGGCGGGACCCGCGCCAUGUGCUGAGCCAUGUCCCUGGCCGCGCCCGCGGGCAGCGCAUGGGGCAGCGCCUGAGCGGCGGCCGAUCCUGCCUCGAUGUCCCCGGCAGGCUCCUGCCGCAGCCGCCGCCGUCCCCGCCGCCGGUGAGGAGGAAGCUCGCGCUGCUCUUCGCCAUGCUCUGCGUCUGGCUCUACAUGUUCCUGUACUCGUGCGCCGGCUCGUGCGCCGCCGCGCCCGGGCUGCUGCUGCUGGGCUCGGGACCCCGCGCCGCCCACGCCCCGCCAGCCCUGGCCAGUGCUCCGGACGGGACGCCCCCCCGGCUAACGUUCGGGGGGCUGGCCGCCACUCCGCUGGGUGCGGGCAAGGGAAUGGCCAAGGGCGCAGAGAGUCAGGAGGAGCAGAGUCCUGAGGCGCCGGACUCCCCCAGCCCCAUCUCCAGCUUUUUUAGUGGGUCUGGGAGCAAGCAGCUGCCGCAGGCCAUCAUCAUCGGCGUGAAGAAGGGCGGCACGCGGGCACUGCUGGAGUUCCUGCGCGUGCACCCCGACGUGCGAGCGGUGGGCGCCGAGCCCCACUUCUUCGACCGCAGCUACGACAAGGGCCUCGCCUGGUACCGGGACCUGAUGCCCAGAACCCUGGAGGGGCAGAUCACCAUGGAGAAGACGCCCAGCUACUUCGUGACGCGGGAGGCGCCCGCGCGCAUCGCGGCCAUGUCCAGGGACACCAAGCUCAUCGUGGUGGUGCGGGACCCGGUGACGCGGGCCGUGUCCGACUACGCGCAGACGCUGUCCAAGCGGCCCGACAUCCCCAGCUUCGAGAGCCUGACGUUCCGGAACAGGACGGCCGGCCUGGUGGACACGGCGUGGAGCGCCAUCCACAUCGGCCUGUACGCCAAGCACCUGGAGCACUGGCUGCGCCACUUCCCGCUCGGCCGCAUGCUCUUCGUGAGCGGCGAGCGGCUCGUGCGCGACCCGGCCGGCGAGCUGCGCCGCGUGCAGGACUUCCUGGGCCUCAAGAGGAUCAUCACGGACAAGCACUUCUACUUCAACAAGACCAAGGGCUUCCCCUGCCUGAAGAAGGCCGAGGGCAGCGGCCGGCCGCACUGCCUGGGCAAGACCAAGGGCCGGCCGCACCCCGACAUCGACGGCGACGUGCUGCGCAGGCUGCGCGACUUCUACCGGCCGCUCAACCGCAAGUUCUACCAGAUGACCGGGCUCGACUUCGGCUGGGACUGAGACCGGCCGCCUGACGUACCACGUGGCUUAUAUAUUGAGAGAGUAUAUGUAUGUAAAAUGUACAGAAAUCUA